AUGGUCCAAGGCCGGAGCGAGGCGAUCAUCAUUGUCACUGCCGCUGUUCUGGCAUUAUCAACUCUUGCUGUGAGUCUGCGGUGCUAUACACGGCUGUACAUUGUGCGGGCGUUUGGGUGGGAUGACAAAACGAUGCUCACGGCUAUGGCGUUGAACAUAGCUUUCUGUAUUUGCACUUUUGUGGGUGCUACCUACGGGAUUGGCCAGAAGAAUGCUUGGUUUCUAGAGAGACCGAAUAACUUGCACAUUGCUCUAUUUUCCUGGUGGUUAGGUCAGAUUUUCUACAUCUUGACCUGUGUUGUUGCGAAAACAAGCAUUGCCCUAACACUUUUACGCAUCACCGUUGUUCGGACUCAUGCCAUAAUCCUUUACAUUGUCACCACAUUUAACAUCAUUGUCGGCCUUUUGUUCUUCUUCUUCACCAUCUUCCAGUGCAAACCUAUCGAAUUUCUUCUGGAUAACGAUGACUGA